GCAAAAAAAACAAUCUAAGUAAACAUCUGACCAAAUGAUUCACUCCGCGCAUCGAACAUCCUUUAUCUCACUGAUUCGUUAAAAUUUGCUUUUGAAGAAGCGAAUCCCGAGUUUAGAAAUUAACUUGUGUCUGUGUGCUUAAUAUUUUGUGCAAUUUCACUAGUUAAUACCUUCGUGGAAACGCGAGAAGAUACCGGUUUCUGCGGAAAGAGCUAGCUCAGCAGAAAGCAUUUGCUGAUAACAACAUUAGUGUCUUCUUUAUAAGAAAGAUCUGCCAUUGCAAUAAUAACUUUAUACAGCGCAGUCUAGUUACGUGUCACACUGCCCAGUUGGAAUCGUAGUGAACAGUAGUAGAGUACGUUUUUAAUAUGGGCAUCGUUGGUAAAGAUAACGGAAUGCGUGCCCUAAUUCUGGUCGGCGGAUACGGCACACGUCUGCGCCCGCUUACACUCAGCACCCCAAAACCCUUGGUAGAGUUUGCCAACAAACCAAUCCUUUUACAUCAAAUCGAAGCCCUGGUCGAGGCGGGUGUGACACAGGUCAUACUUGCCGUUUCAUACCGUGCCGAACAAAUGGAGGCGGAACUAUCUGCUCAGGUUGAACGGCUUGGCGUGAAGCUUAUCUUUUCACACGAGACAGAACCGCUCGGUACGGCUGGACCACUGGCACUGGCAAAAUCCAUCCUCUCCGAAAGUACCGAACCCUUCUUCGUCCUAAACUCGGACAUAAUAUGUGACUUUCCGUUCAAAGAGCUGGAACAGUUCCAUCGACGACAUGGGCGGGAGGGUACGAUUGUCGUAACUCGUGUCGAAGAACCAUCGAAGUACGGUGUCGUGCUGUAUGCGGAAGACGGCUGUAUCAAGAGCUUUAUCGAAAAACCACAGGAGUUUGUGAGCAACAAAAUCAACGCCGGAAUGUACGUGCUAAAUCCAUCCGUCCUAUCACGGAUCGAGCUGAAGCCAACGUCCAUUGAGAAGGAAAUCUUCCCCGUAAUGUCACACGAAAAGGAGCUGUACGCGUUUGAGCUGAACGGUUUCUGGAUGGACAUUGGUCAACCGCGUGACUUUCUCACGGGCAUGUGCCUGUAUCUGACUUCUCUUCGGCAACGACAACCGGAACUGCUGUACAAUGGGCCAGCUGGAUUCGUGGGGAACGUGCUGGUGGACCCUACAGCCAAAAUCGGGGCCGGCUGCAGGAUCGGACCGAACGUUACGAUCGGUCCAAAUGUGGUGAUCGAAGACGGUGUAUGCAUCAAGCGUUGCACCAUUCUGAAGGAUGCCAUCAUUAAGUCCCACUCGUGGCUGGACAGUUGCAUUAUCGGUUGGCGUUGUGUUGUCGGCCGAUGGGUGCGCCUCGAAGGUACGACCGUGCUCGGAGAGGACGUGAUCGUUAAAGACGAGAUCUAUAUCAACGGUGGCCAAGUGUUACCCCACAAAAGCAUCGCGUUGAGCGUUCCUGAACCACAGAUCAUCAUGUAGAGCAGCGGGAGAUUUUUUUCCUAAAACGAAGCGCGCGACGAUAGGCGGAGAGAUUCAACGAUCCCAAAAUACGCUUAUCUACCGAUAGGAUCAAAACCGUGGUUAUUGAAGCAGAAAGGCAACGUUUUUUUUUUUAAUUUUAUUUCUCUACUAAUAAGAAACCCCUAUACGAAUGGAGCAUUUUAUAAACGAACGUGUCAAUUUCUACACCUUUUUACUGUUUUCGCAGUUAAUCUAUAAAUUUCGACGAUGGAAUUUUCGAAGUGCGUAUAUGUUCUCAUUUCGCGGUUUCCUCAAUGUAUCUACCAACAAUAUUGUCCAACCGCGGCAUCAAUCAAGAAUUGCUAGGAAACUCGAAUAGUCGCGUCGUUUAACUUGGGUACUACUAUAUUUUGCAUUCCAAAAUAAUAAAAAACAUCCUGUAAAACAAACAAA